AUGGAAGCGGAGAAAUCUGAGUUGUCAGCUGUUUCAUCUAAUCGGGUCAGAAGGUUAAUCAUGCAUCCACGAAGAGCUAUCAGGGGUCGUCCUGCUAGAAUGAAUGUUGAGGAGCAAAGGGUUGGGCAACAAAGAGGAGCUAGACAGGAAGUGACUGAUACUUCGAGAAUCCGAGAGUUCUUAAGGAUGAAUCCUUCAAGUUUUACUGGUUCAAGCACUAUCGAGGAUCCGGAGAGUUUUGUGGAGGAGCUGAAAAAUGUAUCUAAGGUUAUGCACGUUGCCGAUGUUGAGCAAGUAGAAGUAGCUGUAUAUCAACUGAAGAAUGUUCCUAGGACUUGGUUUGACCAGUGUAAGAAGGUUAGAGCUGAGGGAGCACCACUUGUUGAGGAAGAGAAGUUGAGGGAUUGGGAGGAAUUUAGAAAUAAGAAGGCUAAGACGUCAUGGAAUGAGUCCGGGCAACAAAGAAAUAAUGAGAACCGAUCUUUUUUCCAACAAAAUAAAAAGGGACCUGCUCCAUCAUCUGCAAGUGCACCUUCAUCCAGAAACAAAGGUGAGUAUAAUAGUCAGAAUUCACAGCAUUUAUGA